GGGGGAGGGCCAUGCCCAGUGAGACCUUAAAAAGUGUGGAGCAAACAACUUACCCUUGUUUCUUUUAUUUUUUACCUUAAGGAGGCCAAGGGACAAAUUGUUGAGGUGUUACAGUGGGCAAAGUACAGCAGGCAUAAUGCAGGCUGUCUGGGCUCUGUGGUUGUCUGCUUUUCCAGCUCUGCUGGGGGCUUCAUCACUGUUUGUGGAGAAGGAAAAUACUAGCUCGAAGAUCUGCUUGCCUGCGCCACAGUGGGAGAUUGAUGGCAAGACUCCAAUGAAGGAGCUUUUGGGAAAUGUAGUCAUCGUGGCUCUGCUUAAAGCGAGCUGAUUCUUCUGUCUCACGCAGGCUGCCAGGUUGGGAGACCUGCGUGACAAGUUGGCCCAGGGCAAGCUGACUAAUGUAUCUUUCCUGAUUGUCAAUGAGCAGGAGGCACAGUCCAGAGCUAUGUACUGGGAGCUCAAAAGGAGGGUGGCACAGGGCAUCCCUGUGUAUCAACAGAACCCACUGCAAAAUGAUGUCUGGGAAAUUUUAGAUGGUGACAAGGAUGAUUUCUUGGUGUAUGACAGAUGUGGAUAUCUGACCUUCCAUAUUGUCCUGCCAUUCAGCUUUCUUCACUACCCGUACAUAGAGGCUGCCAUCAGGGCCACAUACCAUAAAGAUAUAUGCAACUGCUCACUACAUGGCAACUCCACCAUAUCAGGAGACUUUAACAACAGCAAAAACAACGACACUGCGCUCACUGGAGAGAACAGUAAGCAGGCUGCAGAACCCACUAAACAGCAUCAUCAUCAUCAUCAUCAUCAUCAUCAUGAUAAUAAUAAUGAGCAAAAGCAUCAUCAUCAUUUUGUUCUUGUUCCAAAAAAUAAAAGUCAUGCAGGUGAUUCUGAAGAGCCAAAAGACCCAACCCAGCAUUCUCAUCAAAAACCGAUUUACUACAAUACAGGGACCUAAGCCUACAGAAUUCACUCACAUAUGUAAAGUAUCACUCUGUGACUGUGCAAAUGGUCUUAUGGUACCUUUUUGGUUUUAAUUUUUAUAAUAAUUGGUCUAUUUUGAUUUAAAAACAAUGUUUGUAGAAAACUUAAGAGCUGCACUUGUGUCAGAAUUGUAUGUUGAACGAGUAAAUGUGGGAAUUCUGAUGGUUCGUUGUCUUUGGAAUAUCAAGUGUUUUUCUUCACUGUUCUUAAUGAAGUGUGCACUGUAAACCUGAGUCAGGGGUCUGCAUACGGAUGCUGAGCAAAGGAGACAUUUACAUCUGUUUUUCCCGUUCUUUUAGGGAAUAUCUAAAAGUACUGAACCAAACAGUUUUUUUUUUUUUUUUUUUGGCUAUUGUCAUUUAGUAGCCUACCAGCUGAAAAUGUUAUGUUAAUAAAGGGAAUGUGCCAUUUGUUCGCAAUGUGUGUUGUCAAUAUGUAAGGCUGUGUAGUGUAAAUUCAAAUGAGCACAUUGCAUGUUCCUUUUC